AUGACUGUCCGCAUUGUGUCAUAUAAUAUUCUAGUGCCUAUUUAUGGUAAUUGUCCAGAUCAUUAUUAUAAAUGUCGACCUGAAUUUCUUCAAACCGAUUAUCGAUGGAAUUUGAUUCAAUCUCAUUUAGAACAUGAAAUAGUCCAUCAUGAAAACACGAUCAUCUGUUUACAAGAAUUGUCUCUUACUCUCUUACCUAAACUUGAAUUAUUUUUUCGUCGUUUGAAUUACACUUUCUUUCAUAAUCUUUAUGGUCCACGGCGUGAGGAUUAUAUGGGUGUAGGCAUAGCAAUUCCAGUUUCCAUGCAGCUCAAUUCAAUUUCUUAUAUCAAAAUUGGAGAUCAUAUACGUUCAAUUAGUAAACUUCAUGAGAAAAAAACCAAUAUCUUUACAUGGGGAUGGAAUCUGUACGAAUGUGUCAUGAAGAAAUUUAUACGAAUUGCAUCUGAUCCAUGGGAAACUGCCAUGGCUAGAAGCAAUACUCUCAUUUGUAUACAAGUCGUUAUCGAUAAUAAACCACUAUAUAUUGGUACGUACCACAUGCCUUGUCUUUACAAAGAACCCAAUGUCAUGUCAAUCCACUCUUCGGUUGUGAAAGAUUUGAUGUUUCAAUUAGCUGCUGGAGAAAAUUUUAUUCUAGCAGGUGACUUCAAUAUAAAACCAUGGGAUAUCAGUUAUCAAGUUUUAACAGAGAAUAAUUAUGGUGGUUACAAUUUACCAAAAUCCAAUACUUAUGAAAUUUCCUAUCGACCUAACUGUGAACAAGUAUUAAAGAGCGCCUAUCGAGAGAAAAAUGGAGCCGAACCUGUUUACACAAAUUUUUGUGAUACACCACCAUCACCAAAUUUUUGCGCUACACUCGAUUACAUUUUUUUUAAUGGUCAUCUUACGGUUGAAAAAGUAUUGGAAUUACCGGAUCAUCCUUCUGGUGAAUCUUAUCCGGAUGAAACUCAUCCUUCAGAUCAUCUGAUGAUUGCAGCAACAUUUCAAUUGUCGUAA